AUGAACAGACUCAGAUACUGCUUCUUCGCUGUCCUGGUUCUCAGCGCUUCACUUCCAUUUGUUUUCUAUGCUGUUAAUUUGCAUGCACAGAAGUCUCUUAGGAGGCUGAACUUCUCGGUGAGUUCAACUUUAGCAGAAGCCUGUAAAGCACUCACUGAAGAUAAGGCGCCCUUUCUGAAGGAAAACACUUUAAAAACAUCAUUCGGAGGAUCCAGUUGCACAGAGUACAUAAUGCAGAACCGCUACAUCACCCGCGCGCUCUCGGCUGAGGAGGCCGCCUUCCCCGUCGCCUACAUCAUGACCCUGCACAAGGAGUUCGAGACCUUCGAGCGGCUCUUCAGGGCGGUCUACAUGCCCCAGAAUGUCUGCUGCGUCCACGUGGAUGCCAAGGCGCCGGCCCCGUUCCGGCAGGCCGUGCGGCGCCUGGUCGGCUGCUUCCCCAACGCCUUCCUGGCCUCGCAGGCGGAGCGGGUGGUCUACGGCGGGGCACCUCGCAUCCUCAAGGCCAAAAUAAAUAACUUCAAAGGGCUAGCCCACAGUCUGAUGAACUGGCGCUACCUGCUCAACGCCUGCGGCCAGGACUUCCCCUUGAAGACCAACCUGGAGAUCGUCCGGCUGCUGAAGGGCCUCAGGGGGAAGAAUGUCACCCCCGGGGUUUUGCAGCCCCCCCACAUCUCCGCACGCACCAGAUACGUGCACAGGGAGCAGCUAUACUCUUUCUUUUCUUUCAUGCUGUGGACAUUCGUGCGCAAGGCGCCUCCGCCCCACAACAUCACCCUCUACUUCGGGUCUGCGUACGUGGCCGUCACCCGGCCCUUCGUGGAGUUUGUGAUGCGGGACCAGCGCGCCAUCGACCUGUUGACGUGGUCUGAGGACACCUACAGCCCCGACGAGCACUUCUGGGUGACGCUCAACAGGAUCCCGGGUGUCCCGGGCUCCAUGCCCAAUGCAUCAUGGGAAGGUGACUUGAGAGCGGUGAAGUGGAUUGAUAUGGAAGAGAGCCAUGGAGGUUGUCAUGGCCAUUAUGUCAGAGGCAUUUGUGUAUAUGGAACAGGUGACCUCAAGUGGCUUUUUAACUCCACCUGUAUGUUUGCAAAUAAGUUUGAGCUUAAAACGUACCCCCUGACUGUGGAGUGCCUGGAGCUGAGACAUCGGCAGAGAACCUUGUCCCAGAGUGAGGUUCAGGUGGAACCCAGCUGGUAUUUUUAG